GUCUGGUUGGCUGCCUCGUGUGUGGUGCCAUGGGCUUGACCUUCAUGGUGACCUCUCUCAGAGCUUCAUAGCUGUAGAUUGAAAUUGAGAUUGAGUAUCCUCGCUGCGCAUUCUCAAGACCCGGGAACCAAAUAGAAAAUAUCCUGCAUCCCGCAAUCUGGUGCCAUGAGCGCAAUCGCAUCUUAUAGCUUCGGCAACCUCGCCUGGCUGAGCACCCAGGCGCUGCCUCUGAUCAUCUGGCCGUCCUUUAUCGGCUCCAUCCUGCGCGCCGAGAGCGAGGCCUCAAGCCCUCUCGAGGUCUACUUCGCGCGCUCCCUCGGCUUCGCCCUCCUUGCCCUCGGGCUCAUCGUCGUCGUCCUCUCCGGCGCCGUGCCGCUCACCUCUUCUGCAGACGCUUCCUCGGACGAAGUCUCUCCCUACGCCAGCGCCACGGUCCUCGUCUCAACCCUCCAUCACACCUCCGCCGCAUUCUACUGCUACGGCCGCUACACCUGGACCGGCGAGUCGGGCUACCUGUUCGGCUGCAUCGGCAGCACCGUCUUUGCCAGCUUCGGGCUGUACUGCGUCAUGUUCGCUGGCGACAAGGCCAUGGUCAGCCGCAACCACCACUUCGACCAGAGCACGAGCGGGUUCCCCUUCACAAACUCCCAGUCGUAUCGCUCCAAGAAGAAGGCCCUGUAGGGAUUGGCGCAAAGAUGGUGUAAAAUAGUUCA